AUGCGGCUGCGCUCGGGGGUCUUCGCCUCCUCCUGCCUCCUCGUGGAGGCCCUGGGGGUGGCCCUGUUCCUACGGGGCUUCUUCCCGCUGCCCGUCAGGUCCCUGCCCCGCAGCGAGGCCCGCCGGGAGCCUCCCGCCGAACCGGCGCCGCCCGGCUCAGGAACGGUUUCCAACUGGACCAAAAUUCCACCACCGCUUUUCAAAAAAGUUGUCCUUGUGCUGAUAGAUGCUUUGAGAGAUGACUUUGUGUUUGGACCCAAAGGAAAACAGUUCAUGCCCUAUACGACACAGGUUGUUGAGAAAGGGACAUCCCACAGUUUCAUUGCUGAGGCAAAGCCACCCACUGUGACUAUGCCUCGAAUUAAGGCUUUGAUGACUGGUAGCAUACCUGGUUUCAUUGAUAUUAUUGUGAACCUCAAUUCUCCAGCACUUUUGGAAGACAAUCUGAUAUGGCAGGCAAAAACAGCUGGGAAAAGAAUAAUUUUCUAUGGUGAUGAUACUUGGGUUAAAUUGUUUCCAAAGCAUUUUGUGGAGUAUGAUGGAACAACUUCUUUUUUUGUGUCAGAUUUUACAGAGGUUGAUGAUAAUGUUACCAGGCACUUGGACAGGGUGUUAAAGAGAGAAGACUGGGAUAUCCUAAUAUUACAUUAUCUAGGACUGGACCAUAUCGGUCAUGUGACUGGACCAAACAGCAUAUUAGUAGGACCAAAGCUUCGUGAAAUGGAUAACAUCCUCAAGAAGAUUCAUAUUUCUCUUCUUUCAAAGGAAGGAGGGGCAGCUCCGCCCAAUUUACUGGUUGUUUGUGGGGAUCAUGGCAUGUCUGAAACAGGUAGUCAUGGUGGUUCUUCAGAAGAAGAAGUGCACACACCACUGCUGUUUAUCAGCUCUGCUUUCGAGAAGAGAAAUGGUCCUUUUAGCCAACCCAAAGUUGUGCAGCAGACUGACUUAGCUACCACACUGGCAGUAGGUCUUGGUCUACCUAUAUCAAAGAACAGUGUUGGAAAUCUUAUAUUGCCCAUUGUGGGAGGCAAGACAAUGAGAGAACAGCUGCGCUUCUUGCACUUAAAUGGAUUCCAACUUAGCAGACUGCUGCAAGAGAACACACCUGCAUAUGAAAAAGAUCCUGGAUAUGAGCACUUCAAGAUAGCAGAAAAGUCCCAUGGUAAUUGGAUCAAACUGUACUUAGAUGGGAAUAAUUCAGAAGUCCUCUUAAAUCUUGGCAAAAAGGUCCUGAAGCAGUACUUGAAGGCCCUGAAGACUCUGAGUUCUUCACUAAGCAAACAAGUGGCACAAUAUGACAUGUAUUCGAUGAUGGUGGGAACUGUGAUUGUCCUAGAGGUCCUGUUUCUGCUCUUGCUCAUCACUCCCAAAGCCCUGAGCCGCCGGGCAGAAUUCGAAGUGCCCCUCUCCCCUCCGCUCUUCUCCCUGCUGUUCUACUUGACGUGCCUGACGCUCUGCGCCGUCCACGUCAUUGUGUGCACCUCGGCAGAAGGUUUGUGCUAUUUCUGCAGCAUGUCCUGGUGGACGGCGGCCGCCGUCAUGGUGCUGAUUUCCGCGCUCAUGUGUGGAAUUUUGUCUGCUGUGGGAAAGAUCCUGCAGAAUUCCAGACCUCCGGUGAAGAAUCCGGUUGUGUCCAAUUCCAGCUGGUCAGAAGUAGACAUACUGAUUCUGGCAGGAACAGUUGGUCAUGUCCUGAGUUUGGGUGCAAGCAGCUUUAUAGAAGAGGAGCAUCAAACCUGGUAUUUUCUUAUCAAUACCCUUUGUUUGGCACUGUGUCAAGAGCUUUGUAGAAAUCAUUUUCUUCUGAAGGAAGGUGACUCUCAGCAUAGCAUCACUCUAAAACAAAAUUUUGACAAUGUCAAGGAAACCUAUGAGUGCAAGAAUAUUGAUAUAACUGCACCAGAUGAUUCCAAGUUGGGAAAGGUCACUGCUACAGAUGAAUUCCUAAAAGGAUCCGAUAAGUGGAUAAGCUUAGCAAGUCCAUGGAUCAUCCUUAUUUGUUGUCGGUUGCUUCGAUCCCUCAAUCAGACAGGAGUUCAAUGGGCUCAUCGGCCAGACUUUGGACACUGGUUGACAAGCUCAGAACAUAAGUCUGAACUCUCCUUUUUGGCUGCAAUCUCCCUGGUUAUGAUCUUCAUUCUGGUUCAAAGAAAAUGCUCUCUGGUUUCAAAAAUUGCUAUGGCUCUUGGACUCUUGGGAGUCUACAGUUAUCGGGCAGCCAUUGGGAACAUCGUAUUUCCAUGGCAACAUGACAGCAAAGAUAUUUCAAAGGGCAUUACCGAGGCUCGUUUUGUUUAUGUCUUUGUUCUUGGCAUAGUCUUCACUGGCACGAAGGAUCUGCUGAAGUCGCAGGUUAUUUCUGCAGACUGCGGAGUGAGGAGCACGGGGCUGUGGGAGGUGUACAGCGGCCUGGUGCUGCUGGCAGCCCUCCUGCUCAGGCCCCACAACUUGCCAGUCCUGGUGUUCUGUUUGCUCAUUCAGACCAUGAUGACCAAAUACAUCUGGAGACCUCUGAAAUUCGACGCAGCGCAGAUCACCAUCAUGCACUACUGGUUUGGACAGGCUUUCUUCUACUUUCAGGGAAAUUCGAAUGGCAUUGCUACUGUGGAUGUUUCAGCAGGUUUUGUGGGACUGGACAGUUAUGUGGAGAUACCCGCGAUCUUCCUGACAGCGUUUGCCACAUAUGCAGGACCUCUGCUUUGGGCCAUCCACCUGCUCUGCUAUCUAAGCUCUGAAGUUAGCAGGAAUUCGUCAGCGAUGGGUCACGGCUGCUUCUGCUACGCGCUGGUGCGUUCGGUCCCCGUCGCCGUCUACAUCAUUUUGGUGACGGGCCUGCGUUACCACCUGUUCAUUUGGAGCGUCUUCUCCCCAAAACUGCUCUACGAGGGGAUGCACGUGCUCAUCACGGCCGGCGUCUGCCUCUUCUUCACCGCCAUGGAUCAGAACCGGUCUCGCCGGGGGCAGGACUGAACCUACCGCACGUGGUCAGCGUUCAUGUGGCAGCGGGAUGGGAAAAGGGAAAUAACGGGUUGAAACUGCCCUGUAAAGCUUGGAGUGUGACCCGGUUUGUUUCAGACAAUAGAGGGACUUGUGGUGUGUGAAACUCAGUGCACUGGAAACUCUUGAAUAGGAAUAAACUGGUUUUUAGGAGUAACUUCUGUUCCAAAGCAGGCGAUACAGGAUUCACCGAGUGACUGAGUCACAGUAUGACAUGAUAGUGAGUUUCACAGCAUACCAAUACGGAGUUGUGUCUAUAAAAAGUUAUGUAGAGAGACUGCAAAUAAUGACUGUUUUCAAUGAAUAAUGAUUACUUUGGAUAGAGAGAAACAGUUUUGAGUGUCAAGGAAAAAUACUGUCCUAGGAAAACAGGUGAACACUCUGCUUCUCAUAUUCACACAUUCUUGAAUGCUGGCUUUUUUUUUUUUUUUUGCUACUGUUUGAUUUUUCUUUACUUACAGAAUGAAAGAUUAGAAGUUCACUAAAUACAUUAAAAGCAAUCCUUCAAAAAUAGUUUAGAAAGAGAAUAGCCUUUUUAGUAUCCUUAUGUAAAGCUUGAUUAGUAGAAUACGUUUUUUGUGUUUCUAAACUUGUUUUUUUCUUGUAACAUAGGGACAUUAAGAAGAAAAUAAGAAACUCCCUGUUUCAAUCAGCUUGUUCUGCUAAAAAUGAUUGGUUUGGUGUAUCUGUUUAAUAGGGCAACUUCAAUGUUUGUGGAAGAAGACACUGGUUAAAGCAAUAAGGAUGGACCAAAAGAAAUCUGGUGGUAGUUUGAUCAUCAAAAAUUGACAAAAGACCGUACUGCUCAAUAAUUUAAUCAAAAUAUCUGCAAUUAUAUAAAUGCAAAUUAUAUAAAUACAAUUUCAUUUUUAAAAUGUAGACUUUAAUAAAAACACCUACCAGUGCCUCAUGGGUACUGAACAGAAUCUUUCACUUAAUAAAAUACUUUUCUUACUUAGUAGCCCAUAGAAAAGUAAAAACAGGCAGACUUCUUGAUGAUGCUUUUAAGUUCUUAUAUUCUUCAGCUUUCUUUUCUUUUGUUUAUAGUGCAUUUAUUGAACAUAUUUUCAAAUUACUGUACAAACAUCACAUGUAAGAGAUUUUUCUGUUUGUUUAGUGUAGACAGCAUAUUUAUUCAAAGGCAGUAAUUCCUUCCUGAGAUGAGUGCAAUCAUUAACUGUGAUGGAUUCCUCUGCACUUCUGCACCUCAGACACUGGAUAAAAACAGUCAUGGGCUAAGGGUGUGUUCAAUCUUCUGUGGAGUCUGUUCAACACUAAAAUGUUGUGUUUCUUUUUGUUAAUACGUAUAAAUGUUAAAUCAGGUUUGUGGCUGCUGCACUAAGCAUUUGGUCGUGUUUUCCUCACUAGGGUGGAAGGUCAAGAGCCGUCUGUGAGGGAACAACUUAAUGGGCCAUGUUAGCAGCAGAAUCAAAUGUAUGUUUUCAUCACCUUCCUCUUAUACCCUCUUGGAAAUGUGGCAUAACUAAUUCAUAACAGUGCCAUUUUUCUAUCCGACUCUCAGGAAAAUACAUGUUAAUGAUUGCUUUGAGUAUAAGUUUUUUUUCUUCUUACAUUUGUCCAAGUUUGCAGCAAUUAGGAUUCAGUCUAAAGGUGUGAAAGGUGCAUCAGAAGAGGAGUGCAUUUUCUUGCUGUGAUUCUGAAAACAAAAAGCUUACAUAGCUAAUAGCACAUAUAUUAGGAUUGCUGAUAAUCUUCUCAUCUCGUAUUUCAGACACAGCUGGUUUCAGAAAACAGCCCUUUUCUCUUAAUCAAAAGCACUUGCAUUAAUAAUGGACCAUAUUAAUCACUAACAAUGAUUUUUUGAGGGAAUUGCAUAACCACAGAAUUUUCCAUAUUCUGGUCAUAUAACACUGUUCAUCUGGAGAAAAGACUACUGGACCUUGGAUGUCGUUCACUGUGAACUGUGAAAAAGUUUGAAAAUUAAAUAUUUUUCUAAUAAAUUGUUUUU